AUGGCUGAUUAUCUGAUCAGUGGAGGAACCGGGUAUGUUCCAGAAGACGGACUUACUGCCCAGCAGCUGUUUUCAAUAGGAGACGGUCUCACCUACAAUGAUUUCCUGAUCCUGCCUGGAUUUAUUGACUUCACCUCAGAUGAAGUGGAUCUGACCUCUGCUCUGACAAAAAAGAUAACCCUGAAGACCCCGCUCAUUUCUUCUCCAAUGGACACUGUAACUGAAUCAUCCAUGGCCAUCACUAUGGCGCUCAUGGGUGGAAUUGGUAUCAUUCAUCACAACUGCACACCAGAGAUCCAAGCAAAUGAAGUUCGGAAAGUUAAGAAAUUUGAGCAGGGCUUUAUCACAGAUCCAGUAGUGAUGAGUCCUAGGCACAUGGUCAGCGAUGUUUUUGAGGCUAAGGUACGGCACGGCUUUUCCGGGAUCCCGGUCACAGAAACUGGAAAAAUGGGAAGCAAGCUGGUAGGAAUCGUCACGUCACGAGACAUCGAUUUCCUUUCAGAAAAAGACUAUGACAGACCGUUGGAGGAGGCGAUGACUAAGAGGGAGGAUUUGGUUGUAGCACCAUCGGGUGUUACUUUAAAACAGGCCAAUGAAAUACUUCAGCGCAGCAAGAAAGGUAAGCUACCUAUUGUCAACGACAGUGACGAACUGGUGGCUAUAAUAGCUCGUACUGACCUGAAGAAGAACAGAGAGUACCCAUUAGCCUCUAAAGAUUCCAGAAAACAGCUGCUGUGUGGUGCGGCCAUUGGCACCAGAGAAGACGACAAGUACAGACUGGACCUGCUCGUGCAGGCUGGAGUGGAUGUGGUGGUGCUGGAUUCUUCUCAGGGAAACUCAGUGUUAGAAAUCAGCAUGAUCAACUACAUCAAACAGAAAUAUCCUGAGCUACAAGUAGUGGGGGGCAAUGUUGUUACUGCUGCUCAGGCCAAGAAUCUAAUCGAUGCUGGUGUAGAUGCUCUCAGGGUGGGGAUGGGCUGUGGAUCCAUCUGCAUCACACAAGAAGGUCUGUGUGAUACCAACAUACCGGAUUCUAAUAAUUCUGGAUCUGUUAUGAUUUUUCCUAAGUGUUUAAAGACUUUAGUUUACUUUCUUGCAGUGAUGGCAUGUGGGAGACCACAGGGCACCUCUGUAUAUAAGGUAGCAGAGUACGCCCGCCGUUUCGGUGUGCCAGUCAUCGCAGAUGGUGGUAUUCAGACAGUCGGCCAUGUAGUGAAGGCUCUUGCUUUGGGAGCGUCCACAGUGAUGAUGGGCUCCUUGCUGGCAGCAACCACAGAAGCUCCUGGCGAGUAUUUUUUCUCAGACGGAGUGAGGCUGAAGAAGUAUCGUGGCAUGGGCUCGCUAGAUGCCAUGGAGAAGAACAGCAGCAGCCAGAAACGAUACUUUAGUGAAGGUGAUAAAGUGAAGGUAGCUCAGGGAGUUUCAGGUUCAGUUCAGGAUAAAGGCUCCAUCCAUAAGUUCGCCCCAUACCUCAUCGCUGGAAUCCAGCAUGGCUGCCAGGAUAUAGGAGCAAAGAGUCUGUCCAUCCUACGUUCCAUGAUGUAUUCCGGUGAGCUAAAAUUCGAGAAGAGGACCAUGUCUGCCCAGGUGGAGGGGGGCGUCCAUGGCCUGCACUCUUACGAGAAGCGAUUAUACUGAGGGUCGCAGUGGAGGCCAUACGACCACAACCGGGACCAAACAAGACUGACUUCUCUUCUCG